AUGGCGAAACAACCUCCUAGAACCAAGGAAGAGAUAGAAAAAUUCAUGGCUGAAGAGCUGGAUCCUGGAAGCCAUGGGCGUAGCCAAGCGCAUGUGGUGGCAGAAGAAAUGAAGGAGCAUGGAUCCCAGUCCCUGGGUGCUCCUCAGCAGCAACAGAAGUUGGAUCCAAAGGCUGCUAACUUUGCUGCGGUUUGGAAUACGGCUGCCACCCAGUCCCAGAAAAUGGGGCCCGAGCUGCCGACAACCGGAAUGUCAAGAGAAGCAGGCCAUGGCGGUGGCCCUCCCCAGGAGUAUCCUGGCAGCUUUCAAGGCAUGAGGUUCCUUUAUGAGCGCAACCUGGAGGCAGAUCUGAUCACCGAGAUUAGCCUGGAAGAGCUAAAUGAACUGGAGAUAGAGGUCAUGAGAAGGCAGCUGCAUGUGAUCACCGGGCGUCUGCGUGCCCUGGAGAAUGAGGGAGCCACCUGGCGCCACAGGGAGACCCUGAUCUUCACCAUGCUGCUGUCCACCUGCAUUGCCAGCCUCUGGCUGUGGAUGCGCCAGUGA